GGUAAAACAGCUGACCAGUUGAACCACAAUGAAAGUAAGUCUUCAUUGUUAUUUACACUUUAUUGUUUGUCCUCGAUUCACAUUUGUGUACUUGUAAUCUUGUGAACUCCUCAUCAAAACAAUGUAAGAUUGCUCAUCCGUACUGUCAUUGAGAGGGUAACACAUUACGAAAAUUGCCAGUCACAAUUUCUUCUUCAGAGAUGUUCUCUUACUAAUAUGUUUAGCCAAUGUUUUGUACCCAAAACAUAAUGUAGCUUUGUUACCAACCCUCCUCUUGUAGAUCCAUAAGGCAACUCUGUCUAGGAUAUCAAGUUAUGUGUGUUGUUUUUUAAAUUGGAUCUUAAGAUGUUUCAAAAUCAACAUUUCAUAUUCCAUCCUAUAUAUUUAUCUUUUCUUGCCUCAAAUUUCAAAAGACCACGAGAUGUCGCUAUUAGCUCACAGCAUUUAACAAUUUAUUUUAUUGCAAUGCUCCUCCCCUUUCAUGUAAGGGAGAGGUUUGUAAUUCAUUGUUCGUCGUGAGAGUAAAGCGCAUUGCCACUGUAUUGAGAGGCUCAGAUCUGGAUUCUACACCAGAGAAUAAUGCUACCGCUCAUAAAACAAAUCUUGAAUUAACUUGUUGGGGAGGCUGGACAUAAUGCAACAAGGGGCUAUUUUCAAAAAUUGGAUUAUUGUUUUGUUCCAUGUCUCUCGGAUAUGGAGUCUUGCAGCAGCACAGGUUGUGUAUUCUGUUCCGGAGGAAUCGAGCACUGGCACCGCUGUCGGGAAUUUGGCGAAGGACUUGCAUCUGAAUGUACAGGAUUUGGAAACCCGGAGUUUUCAGAUUUCAGGACCUAAUGCGAAGUAUUUCGAAGCAAAUGUGAAGACUGGUAUGCUGUUGGUAAAAGACAGAAUAGACCGGGAGGAGAUCUGCUCUCGUAAUGUUAAAUGUUCUCUGGAAGUGGAAGCCAUUGUGAACUCACCGCUGAAUCUCUAUCGAUUUGAGGUUAAAAUUGUGGAUAUAAAUGACAACGUACCGUCGUUUCGGAUACCGGGAAUUGCUCUCAACGUGUCCGAAUCAGCUUUUCCUGGCGAAAGAUUUGCACUACCAAAAGCCCUCGAUGCAGAUGUUGGCAGUUACUCGGUUAAAAACUAUAAGCUGAGUCCAAAUGAACAUUUUAGUCUGGAUGUACAGAAUGGUGGAGAGCCGGCGAUGUCUGCUGAAUUGCUGCUGCAGAAAGCCUUAGAUCGCGAGAAACAGCUAGUUAUCAAACUUACACUGACCGCCUUCGAUGGAGGGAAACCUCCUAAAUCAGGCACGUUACACAUCACCGUUAAUGUGCAAGAUGUAAAUGAUAAUAUUCCUAUUUUUGACAAGUCGCUGUAUAAAGCCACAGUACUGGAGAACACGCCGCACGGUGCCACCGUGAUUUCUGUGCAUGCCCGGGACUUAGAUGAGGGUCUGAACGGAGAAAUACUGUAUUCUUUUAUCAACCAAGACAAUAAUAAUGAUGUUGAUCAAUUUGCCAUUAAUCACCAAACGGGAGAGAUUACGGUGAAUGGUGAAUUGGAUCACGAAAAAAGCAACGCAUUCGAAAUCCGGGUUCAAGCGAAAGACAAAGGGGCGAGUACAAGAGCUUCUCAUUGUAAAGUACUUGUUGAAAUCACGGAUGUUAAUGACAAUGCUCCGGAAAUAUCAGUAACAUCCUUAAUCAGCGUAGUGAGGGAGGAUGCACCGCCAGACACAAUGGUUGGGCUCAUAACAGUGAGAGAUAUUGACGCAGAUAAAAAUGGCGUUGUUCAGGUAAUAAUAGUUGAUGCAGUUCCUUUUACAAUUAAAAACACGUAUAAAAAUCAUUAUUCUUUGGUGGUAGAUGGAUCUCUAGACAGGGAACGAGCAUCUCAAUAUAUUGUAACAAUAAAGGCGACUGACGAAGGGGUUCCACCGCUUUCCAGUACAAGCGUAAUAACAGUUCACGUCUCUGAUGUCAAUGACAACGCACCUCGCUUUAAGGAGCCCGUCAUAAACAUUUUCGUAAAAGAGAAUAGUGCCGUGGGGGCCGUUAUCCAUACUAUGACUGCAUAUGAUCCGGAUGUAGAAGAAAAUGCAAAGGUUACGUAUUCAAUAAUAAAUAAAAACAAUAUCAUAGGGUCACUAAUAAACGUCCACUCGGAGACUGGAGAUAUAGUCACCCUGCAGUCGUUUAACCACGAGGAGUUGAAAACGUUUCAGUUUAAAGUUCAGGCCACAGACUCUGGUGUUCCUCCGCUCAGCAGCAACGUGACUGUGAACGUUUUAGUCCUGGAUGAGAACGACAACAGUCCCACCAUCCUCUUGCCCUAUUCUGAGCACGGCUCCGUUAACAGUGAGAGCAUCCCCUAUUCUGCUGAAGCGGGAUACUUUGUGGCAAAGAUCAGGGCUGUAGACGCAGACUCUGGAUACAACGCGCUGCUUUCUUAUCACCUCUCUGAGCCCAAAGGAAACAACCUCUUCCGGAUCGGAACCAGCACCGGAGAGAUCAGGACUAAGAGGAGAAUGAGUGACAAUGACCUGAAGACUCACCCCUUGGUGGUGUUGGUGUCUGAUAACGGAGAACCCUCCCUGUCAGCUACUGUGUCUAUUGACGUGGUGGUGGUUGAAAGCACAGCUGACAUCCAGACUCAGUUCAGACAUGUUCCCCUAAAGGAGGACAGCUUCUCUGACUUAAACCUGUACCUGCUGAUUGGCAUUGUGUCGGUGUCGGUGAUCUUUCUGCUGAGCCUCGUCAGUUUAAUAGCUGUCAAAUGCCACAGGACAGACGGCAGCUUCAGCAGGUACAGCGCCCCAAUGAUCACCACCCACCCGGACGGGAGCUGGUCUUACUCUAAAUCUACUCAGCAGUACGACGUGUGUUUCAGCUCGGACACACUGAAGAGUGACGUAGUGGUUUACCCUGCACCUUAUCCGCAAGUAGAUGGUGAGCUGAUCAGUAUUAAUGGAGGAGACACUUUUACCAGAACUCAGACGUUACCCAACACAGACAAGCCUAAAGGGCCGAGUGGUGACUGGAGAUAUUCAGCCUCCCUGAGAGCAGGAGGUGUAAUGCAGAGCUCAGUGCACAUGGAAGAGUCCUCAGUAAUGCAAGGAGCCCAAGGUGUCCUAGUUCAGAACUGGCCCACUGCAUCCAGCGCCGCCGAUGCUGAAGGAGGAGAGGUGUCCCCCCCAAUGGGUGCUGGAGUAGACAGCAACAGCUGGCACUUUCGCUAUGGUCCCGGCGGUCCUGGUGCACCACCCCAACACCUGAAACCUGGCGAUGUUCCCCCAGAAGCCUUCAUCAUCCCGGGCUCACCCGCCAUAAUAUCCAUCAGACAGAACCAGGGAGGAGAGGACGACAAGAGCGAUUUCAUCACCUUUGGAAAGAAGGAGGAGGCCAAGAAGAAGAAGAAGAAGAAGAAGGAGAAGAAAGACAAGAAGGAUAAGGGGAAGGAUGACGGAGAUGAGUAGAGGAUUUGAAAGAAGAAACAGCAAAGAAAAGGGCGUUGUUAAAACAGAGGUACCAACCAAAGUCCACUGGGCAAGAAGAAAAUGUGAAAGCUAUUUCAUUUUAUUACCUUUUUUCACUGAUAAUAUUUUGAAAAUACUGGCCUCACCAAGAUUUAUUUCAACUUCAGUCUCUUACUUAGGUAAAUUAUUGAUCUUGACUUGAUAAAUAUUAAAAUAAUUUUAAUCGCCCCUUUGUGCCUAACCACCCUUAGUCAACUCAUGUUAGUCAUGGUUGCCAGUAAUAGACAAACACUCUUUGCCCCAGUCUUGAAUACUUUUUCCUCUAACCCACUGGGCACGUUGGCACCUCUGUUUUACCCCCUGCCCAACUGAUGUGUAAACCGUUCUCUCUGAAGAGAAGACAACAAAAAGCGCUGUGCCAGCCGAGGAAAAGAAGAACGACGACAAAGAAGAUUGAGACGGAUGCAUGCCAUCUGCCGCUGGACACGUACCACUUGUAAAUAGCACAGGAGUCACUGAAACUAAGGCUUACAUGACACUGCUGCAGAUUCCUCCGAUAAUUACCAACAGUGUUUCCUAAGAUCUCAAUUGAAAUCACACAUACGCAUGCUCACACAUUCAAACAUGCAAAGACAAAUACACAUAUUUGCCAUGACUUAAUAGACACAGAGCGCACUUGAGAAAUAGGGAGAAGAUCAACUGACAUCAAAGAAAUGUGCUCAAAACAAGACACUGCAAGCUUUGUCCUGCACCGUCACCUAUGUGGUGCGCAUGUGUACAUCAGCUCCCUCAGGGUGGAAGCAGCAUCCUUUGCAACCACUCUGUAUUUGCUCACUGCAUUUGAAGGACACGGAGCGUCGUCUCCUGCCAGAAUCCCAGCUGAGGAAUGCAGAGAGCACUGGAAAGAUGGAGGGAUGGGAGGAUGCCUCAUGUUCGCCUGAGUCCCGCAAACGUAACAUGUGACUCCGCUUUCAGUCAGUGGACUCUGAUGAAAACCUUACAGAAUAUAAGGAGAGCCUUGAGAUUUUGAUAACACCUUCUCUUCUCCCCCUGCCGCAGCAAAAGGCUAAUGCUUUCUGCUUUGAAUGUUUGGUAGCAACCAGUCCUUACCUGAUUCCUUGAGUUUACUACUGCUCACUUGCUUGCAUUUGCCCCAAGCUGCCACGAGCCGCCCUCUCCUCCCCCAACUGCCUCUUCGUGUGAUGAUAAUGUUUCACAACUGGUUCUGUUGUUCAUUCAUUCUCUAAAGAGAUUCCCUGUUACAUGUUUCUGCAUUUUUGUUUUUCCUUCCAGCUUUAGCUGCUUUUUGAGUGUUCUGCAUACCCCCCUUUUCCCCUCAGAAAACUGCGCCUGAGCCCUACUCUGACCCCCCUGCUCAGGAUCGACCCUGGGAAUGGCCUGCUCUGAACAUUGUGGUGUGCUGAGAACAGCAUGGAGUAAUGUGGAUGAGGCCUGGAUAAGCCCAGUCGGGGGUCUACGCCGUGAACUCUUAUCAGAUGUCUCUCAAAGUGCAUAACGGUUCAGUGCUUUUAACUUGCGUACACUAAUUUCCUUUGUGUAGCCACUGUUGAGGUGGGACCGGGUGGGAGGAAGCAGAUUACAACAGUGGAGGCCUGGGAUAAAGCGAGGAGAAAGGUGCCGUGGGCUGGCCCUCCAUCUCCUUGUACAAGAGAGGGGUUCUCCAAAUUGAUUGUUUGGAAUCGUGGAGUCACAUAUUAGCUUCUAUCUACGCUGUAAAUGUAGCAUAGCCGUCUUCUUAGAUUGUCUCUGCAUUAGUAAAUGAAACCUGCUUAACAUCCGAGCAUCUAGGGAUUCCCAUCCCACAGAAAUAUCCCACCAAUCCUCUCACAGAACGUUUUGAAGAAGGGGCACACUCAGGCCUGCUUCUGUUGGUUCCCCUCCCCUGCCUGUAACUUGUUGCCACGUCCCCAAAGUUUUGCGGCUCGGUAUGACGUCACUCCAUUAUGUGGCUGCUGCAUGUACUGCUCUAAGGAAACACAUACUAUAUAGAGAAAUAUAUAUAUAAAUAGAUAGAUGGCUAUGAUUUUAUUAUUUUGUAUCAUUGUUUUUCUUCAUUACUCGCACAGAAGAUAUUUGUAUGUACUUCUGUCUCUGCCCAACAUCUAUGUACUACAAUCAUCAUGCUCCACAGAUGUUGUAUGGCAUCCACGAAACCUCUUUGUAAAUGCUUUAGUGUGAUACCUCUCACCGCAAGUUAAUCAUUUUUAUUUUACCACUAUAAUUUUUCUUUUUGAAAACAAACAAAGCAAGAAAAAAAAUCUCUCCUUGUCCAGCUUUGACAUGACGAUCUUACUAACACUGUAAUAUUGUAACUGAAAUAUGUAUGAUCCUAUGAUGAGCUAUCACUUCCCUUUCACUAUUAAAAUAAUGAAAAUGACUGAAAAAAUAUCCCAUUGUAUAAAAAGAUAUAUGUAGUGUAUGCUUGUGUUUAGUGAGCGUUCAUGCUGUCAUUCUUUCCCAAUGUAUGGUGGUGAACUAUGGUGGCAAUGUGCUGUCCUAAAAGGACCAGCCCAGAUCUGUUGUGAAACCCUUUUUGUAGACCCGCUCAUCAACUGUGACAGUGAAGUAGUGAAUUUCAUUUCUUCUUUUAUUUUUGUUUUUUAUUUUACCUGGAUGGAUACAGUGGUAAUGUGUUUUGUUUAUAAAUCACUAAUAAAGUUUUCUUUCUUAAAAUAAAUGCAAA